GAAAUUUAAUGUCAGCUCGCUCGCAUCUUCCUUUCUUAAUUAUUCAGAUUGAAUUUUCCUAUUUCAUCUCCUCAAUUUGAUUCUCUUCAAUUUCUAGGGUUCGUACUUUAUUUUAAACUUGCGAAAAAUCUACAAUAAUUUUAACAUCUUCGUAUUGGUGUAAGCAGCAGCAGGUAAUUUAAUUUGUCUCAAUGGAUACAAAUAAUUGGAGGCCAAUUGCACAAGCUGGGGAGCCUACAGUAGAUACAGGUGACUGGAGAGCAACUCUGCAGCCCGAGAAGCGGCAGCGAAUUGUCAACAAAAUAAUGGACACAUUGAAAAGACAUCUUCCUUUUUCUGGCCAAGAGGGACUUGAAGAACUCAAGAAAAUUGCUGUGCGGUUUGAGGAAAAGAUUUAUACUGCUGCCAUAAGCCAGUCUGACUAUCUACGGAAAAUAUCUUUGAAGAUGCUUACGAUGGAAUCCAAGUCUCAACAUAAUAUGCCCAAUGCUUUGUCACAGAACCCAGCUGGCAAUGGCAACAGACCCACCGAUCCAGGUGCAUCGCAGAGUAUGCAGGCUCAAGUUCACAAUCAAGGGCAGUCACUUCCUGUUCCCAUGUCAGCUAACCAGACUCAAACACGUCAGCAAUUAUUAUCCCAGAAUAUUCAGAAUAAUAUGUCAUCUACAGGGGGGGUUCAAAGUUCUUCCGGUUUAACAUCUGCGCUGCCUACUGUUUCUGGUUUAACUCAAUCUUCUAUUCCCAAUGUUGUUGGCCAGAAUCCUAACAUGCAAACCAUUUCUGGAGUUCCCCAGAGCUCAGCAGGCAAUUCAAUGGGACAAGUGAUGCCUUCUAAUAUGUUUGCCAAUUCUCAGAGGCAAAUGGCAGGAAGGCAACAGGUUGUUCCCCAGCAGCAACAACAACAAUCCCAGAAUGCGCAGUAUAUAUAUCAGCAGCAAUUACAACAGCAACACCAGCAGCUUAUGAAGCAGAAAUUCCAGCAAUCUCAUAUUCAACAACAACAGCAGCAGCAGCAGCAGCAACAGCAACAAAACCUGUUACAGUCAUCUCAGUUGCAAUCUUCCCAGCAAUCCAGUAUGCAGACAUCAUCUGUUAUGCAGCCUUCGAUGAUGCAAUCAACACCCCUCUCUAGUGUUCAGAAUCAGUCUACUUCUGUCCAACAAUCUACACAAUCCAUGCUUCAACAGCAUCCGCAAUCAGUCAUGAGGCAGCAGCAACAGCCACAACAAGGUGGUAGCAUUCAUCAACAGCAGGCACCAAUGAUGCAGCAGUCACUUUUACCUCCUCAGCAAUCACUUUUACCUCCUCAGCAGCAGCAACAGUUAAUGGGCCAACAAUCAAAUGCCACAAACAUGCAGCAAAAUCAGUUAAUUGGACAACAAAACAGUGUCGGAGACAUGCAGCAGCAACAACCAAGGUUGAUGGGCCAGCAGAAUAACAUUCAAAAUAUGCAGCAACAGCAUCAGCAGCAGCAAUUAAUGGCACAACAAAAUAACCUCUCGAAUAUCCAUCAGCAGCAAUUAGGAUCUCAAACUAAUGUCUCUGGCAUGCCACAACAAUUGCUUGGAACUCAGCCUGGAAACUCAAUGAUGCAAACUAAUCAGCACUCAGGGCUCAUGCUGCAACGGCCUAAGGUUCCACUGCAACAAGUGCAGCAAAGUGCAUCUAACUUGCUACCCACUCAAGGGCAGCAGCCACAACAACAGCUACCUCAGCAGCACAUGAUGUCACAGAUUCAACCACAGGCAACACAGUUGCAACAACUGGCUUUGCAACAGCAGUCUAAUUCAUUACAAAGAGAUAUACAGUCAGGGCUUCAUGUGUCAAAUCAAGCUCCAGCUUCGUUGCUUCAGCAACAGAAUGUAAUGGAUCACCAGAAGCAAUUGUAUCAAUCACAAAGACCUCUUCCAGAGACGUCAUCAACUUCACUAGAUUCUACGGCGCAGACUGGACAUAAUGGAGGUGAUUGGCAAGAGGAAGUUUACCAAAAGAUCAAAAUCAUGAAGGAGACGUACUUACCAGAGCUAAAUGAAAUGUAUCAGAAAAUCGCUGCAAAACUACAGCAGCAUGAUUCACUUCCACAACCACCAAAGACGGACCAGCUUGACAAACUGAAGAUGUUCAGGACCAUGUUGGAGCGCAUAAUAACAUUCUUACAAGUUACGAAAAAUAAUGUUUCUCCAAGUUUCAAGGAUAAGUUGGGAUCCUAUGAGAAGCAGAUUAUAAAUUUUAUAAAUACAAAUAAACCCAGGAAGCCUAUGACUUCAAUGCAACAAGCACAGCUUUCCCAGCCCCACGUCCAUCAACCACAAUCUCAAGUUUCUCAAGUGCAAUCUCAUGAAAAUCAAAUGAACUCUCAAAUACAAUCAAUGAACAUGCAAGGAUCAGUACCCAUAAUGCAGCAGAAUAAUAUGUCGAGCUUGCAGCAAACUUCAGUGUCUUCUUUAUCAGGGGUUUCUACAUCACAGCAAAACAUGAUGAAUUCAAUGCAAGCAUCUUCCAAUCUAGAUUCAGGACAAGGAAAUGCAAUGAACUCACUGCAGCAGGUUGGAAUGGGUUCUCAGCAGCAGAAUCCUCCGAGCGCUGCCAACAUGCUUCAACACCCGCAUCUGAAACAACAGCAAGACCAGCAGCAGAUGUUGCCAGCUCAGCAGCUCAAACAACAUUUGCAACAACGCCAUAUGCAACAACAAAUGCAGAAGCAGCAGCUACUGCAACAGCAGCACCAACAACAGCAACAAUUGCAACAGCAAGCAAAGCAGUUGCCGGCACAGAUGCAAACACAUCAAAUGCAUCAGGUACAUCAGAUGAAUGAUGUCAAUGACGUCAAGAUGCGACAGGUUAUGGGUGUCAAGCCCGGUGUCUUUCCCCAGCAUCUUUCUGCUGGACAGCGUGCUGCCUAUUCCCAUCAACAGAUGAAACCUGGAGCAUCCUUUCCUAUUUCUUCACCUCAACUGCUUCAGGUUCCUUCCCCUCAAUUAUCACAGCAUUCUUCUCCACAGAUUGAUCAGCAAAAUCUACUGUCAUCUUUAAACAAAGCAGGAACUCCUUUGCAGUCUGCAAAUUCUCCUUUUAUUGCUCCCUCUCCUCAAACUCCUUUAGCUCCAUCCCCCAUGCUAGGAGAUUCAGAGAAACCUGUAUCUAUUGUUUCCUCGCUUUCUAAUGCUGGAAACAUUGGGCAGCAACAGACAUCUGUUGCUCAAGCAUCAGCUCCAUCUCUUGCAAUUGGAACUCCAGGGAUAUCAGCCUCACCGUUGCUCGCCGAGUGUAUUGUAUCUGAUGGUGGCCUUGGUAAUCCUAUGACUACUGCUUCUGGAAAGUCUACUAUUACAGAGCAACCCCUUGAGCGCUUAAUGAAAGCGGUUAAGUCUAUAUCCUCUAGAUCAUUAAGUGCAGCUGUCAGUGACAUCGGCUCAGUUGUCAGCAUGAUUGAUAGAAUUGCAGGUUCAGCCCCAGGUAAUGGAUCUAGAGCUGCAGUUGGUGAGGAUUUGGUAGCAAUGACAAAUUGUCGUCUUCAGGCGAGAAAUUUUAUCACCCAAGAUGGAAUGUCUGGGACAAGGAAGAUGAGGCGCUAUACAAGUGCUAUGCCUUUGAAUAUUGUAUCAUCAGCUAGCAGCAUAAGUGAUAGUUUUAAACAGUUCAAUGGUCCUGAAGCGUCUGAUUUGGAGUCAACUGCAACAUCAAGUGUCAAAAGGCCUAGACUUGAGGCUAAUCACGCUCUUUUGGAAGAGAUACGUGAAAUUAAUCAGCAACUUAUAGACACAGUGGUUGAUAUUAGUGAGGAAGAUGUUGAUCCAAGUGCUGCAGCGGCUGCUGCUGAAGGGCGCGAAGGAACCAUUGUAAAGUGCUCUUUCAGUGCUGUAGCUCUCAGUCCUAAUUUGAAAUCACAGUAUGCUUCAGCGCAAAUGUCGCCCAUUCAGCCCCUUAGAUUGCUUGUGCCCACAAAUUAUCCAAAUUGCUCGCCAGUACUGCUAGACAAGUUACCAGUAGAAGUCAGUAAGGAGUACGAGGAUCUUUCAGUAAAGGCCAAGUCGAGGUUUAACAUCUCCCUACGAAGCCUUUCUCAGCCCAUGUCGCUUCGGGAGAUAGCGAGAACCUGGGAUGUUUGUGCCCGUGCAGUUAUUUCUGAGCAUGCACAACAGAGUGGAGGAGGUAGCUUCAGUUCCAAAUACGGGAGUUGGGAAAACUGCUUGAGUGCAUCAUGAUAGCUUUACGCAGGAUUGUUCUUGGCAGGGCUCGACGCAAGGUUAAAUUAUAUGUCUGUCAUAAUGAGCUAACAAGUAGUUUUACACGGAUCUACCUAGCUGAACGCUUUUGGGUCCGCUUGUUCUGUAAUUACAUGUUUUUUUGGGUAAAGUGAUGUACAUAUAUGUUUAUUAGGUGGAAGAACUAGAGCAAUACACAGAUGUAGACUAGGUUAUUUAUGCAUCUAUCCAUGAUGCAGUCUGUUGUUAAAUUGUCUUAUUUAUAACAGAUUGUAUUGUUUUGAAUUAUUGGGUGAUAAUAAUAAAUAUAAUUAUGUCUUUUGUGA